AUGGCAUUAACUACAAGAAAGCCUAUCCACAACCUUGCUGAAACAAUUCAUUCCCUGUUAGGACAAAAGUCGCAUCUUAAUUCCAGUUGGGUCAAAUCUGUUUGUCAGAUAAUAUUAAACCUACCUUCUGAAGAGCAAUCAUUCGACUUAAGAACCACAAAUUUUGAGACAAUGAGUACUUCAGAGAAUCCUGAUGACGGUUUAGGCAAUCUUACCUCAAAGAUUACAGAUGAACUUGCUAUCUUGACUGCCCGGAUAAAUGAAUUGAACAGACAGCGAAAGCAGUUUCUAAAUGAAUUUCUGGAUUUGAAAGGUAAUAUUCGAGUAUUUUGUCGUAUAAGACCAAUUGAAAUGGGGGAGAACUUUGGCCGUUUUCUGCCUGUAGUAGAUUUGGAUUCGAGUAAUGUUCUUUUAAAAUUUUCUGGUAAUAAGAAUAAAAGUUACAGUUUCGAUAAGGUUUUCCAUCACAAGGUACAUCUAAAUGAAGUCUUUUCAGAAGUUGAACCAGUAAUCAAAUCAACACUGGAUGGCUAUAACGCUUGCAUUUUUGCAUACGGACAGACAGGGACAGGGAAAACCUUUACCAUGGAAGGAAUUCCAGAAUCUCCUGGAGUGGUGCCCCGCUCAAUCGAAGCAUUGUUUAAGCAAGCAAUGGAUGGCAACCAUGUGUAUCACUUUAGUUUCAGUAUGCUUGAGAUUUAUAUGGGGAAUCUGAGAGACCUGCUAAUCGUUCAACCAACAAAGCCAACGGAUCCUAAGCCAAGCCUCUCAAUCCACACUGAUUCAAAGGGUGAGAUUGUAAUUGAAAACCUUGUGGCCUUUUGAGUGAGUAACUUGGCCCAAGCUCUAAAGCUAUACCGAUUAGGGUGCCGGUUCAGGUCAACUGCAUCGACAAACAGUAACAUUACCUCCAGCAGAUCCCACUGCUUGAUUCGCAUAUCAAUCACGUGUAGUGGAGCGCAUAAAGUUUGGUUUGUCGAUCUUGGGGGAAGUGAACGUUUGCUGAAGACAAAGGCAUCUGGGAGAAGACUAGAAGAAGGAAAAGCAAUCAACUUGUCCCUUUCCUCACUGGGGGAUGUGAUCAAUGCUCUUCCACUCGGAAAGAGCCAUGUACCUUACAGGAACAGCAAGCUGACACAAGUUCUUAAAGAGUCUCUUGGAAGGGACUCAAAAACUCUGAUGCUUGUCCAUGUGAGUCCUAGAGAAGAAGAUCUCUGUGAGACAGUAUGUUCUUUGAACUUAACAACAAGAGCACAAAGUAUUCAACUACGGAAUACAGAUUCAACUGAACAAAGGGAGAAAGAAGUUGCAAUGAUGAAUCUGCAAGAAAUGAAGAACAAGAUUGAAGUUGAGAGCCAGGAUGUUCGGAUGAGUAUCAAGCAGUCAACUCAGGAGCUUCAAAAUCUUAGGAAGACAGCUGCAUGUUCCACUGAGCAACUGGAAAACUCAGUGGAUGGAAGGCCCCUUGAAACGAACAGCAACACUGCUGCACAUUUUUCAGCACCUCCAUUGUCUCAGCUGCCAAGAAGAAAAUCUGAAUCAGACUGCCUCCUAAAUAAUGAAGUGAACCUGAGUUUUCCUGGAAGGAGUGGGCCAUUCAAUUAUUAUGCUAAGUCUGUGAACUUACCCGUAAAAGGUAUUUCGAGAAACAAUUCAGAAGGUGGUAUUUCCCAAAAUAGCUGUUCAGUGCCUCUGACUGUGAUCAACAGUGCAGAUAUUGAGACAAAUCACAGUCAAGAUAUAUCAUAAUGUGAUCUUAAAGAGUUUGUUUCCUCAGAUCAGGUAACAUCACCAAAAUGCUUAAAUGAGCAUAGAUAUCACCGCUUUCAUGGUGAGAGAAGUAAAAAUGUCGCUUGCUCUGCAAAAUAUUUGAAAGUUGAUAAGUGGCUACGCCAGAAGAAUGUGCCAGCUAUCAGGAGUCAUGUCCAUAGGAACAAAAGAGUUCUAGCUAGUCCUACCCCAGAGAAGAAAUUAAUGUGUAAAGGACAAGCAACAGAAAAAUUCCAGGAUGAGAAAGCCAAUAAUUACAAGCUUGCGGUGGAGCAGAUCGUCAACCACAACAAAUCAGAGAAACAUGUGGAUGUGUAUUGUUCUCAAAUGUUCAUGUAAGAAGUGAUUAUUAAUAAGCCUCCCACAAAUAUGAUUGUCAAAGACAUAUGCAAUAUGGACACAAAAUGUAACACUGGUUCUUCAUUGGAUGGAACACUUAAGGAGAUGAAGAUAAAUGUAAAAGACAGACUAGAUGACGUCCUAACAGAGAAACAUAUACUCAGCAAAAUCUACUCACCUGAUAUUUGGUGCAGCAGUUUCGAUCUGAAUCAAGACAAUAAUGGAGUCAGCUGUUUAUUCACACUGCAGGCAGUAUUUAGUGAAACAAAAUGCUCAGAUAGUUCUGUAUCUAACAACAGAAAUCAGCGUCGAGUUUAUACUAUUGAUUUACCUUUUAUUACUUCGGACUCGAAACAGGAUUCUAACACCCCAAUAUCAAAAAUUGAACAAAAGUCAGGCUGCCAACAGUUGCCUACCAUAUUAGGUGUGGAUGAUGGUAAAAAGGAAGACUUGGAAAUUUUUUCUCUGAAGUGUGGAGAAGGUACAAGACCUGAACAACAAAAAAGGAGAUAUCAAAGAGCUUUAUUAAUGAAAAAUGUACUUCCAGAAAAACCAGUCAAAACACAACAACUGACAAGAGUGCAAGAAAAUAAUGUGCACUUAGGAAUUUGUCACCUUCUUCAACAGAAAAUUCAGAUAUUAUGGGCCAGCGCUCUUCUAGGAUUAGGGUUUCAUAAAUUGGGACUUGAGCAGGAAUUCUUCAUUGGUUUAAUGCUCUGA